GUGAAAGCAAACACAACAAUCAACCGGACAAAACGACUACUGCUCCUGGUAGCCUCCUACUACGUACAAAAACAGACCAAUUCCUAGCACACGAACAACCCCCCUUUCACAUUACCAAGCGAGUGAAACGACCAAACACGGCCCGUCCCUAAAACCUCUCCCUCUCUCUCUCUCUCUCUCUCUCUCUCUCUCUCACACAUCUAAUCUAAUCCAAGGGUUAGGGAAAGGGUUGUUGGGGUUUCGGCACUUACGAAGCUAUUUUCGGCCAGCGAUGAUGGCAGUUUCGAGCGCGUUCGGAGGGGCGAAGCUCGAGACUCUCCUCCUCAGCAACAGUGCCGCCGCCGUGCCGCCGUGUCAGAUUCGAGUCUUCUGCAAGCAGGCUCGAACCGGAAGAGCCCUGAUUCGGAGAGGUGGGCCCGCCAUUCGAUGCGAGGUUGCUUCCGAUGUCUUGGUUCAGACCGCUGGAGGAAUCGAUCAGAAUGCGUCAUCGGAUUCUCGUUCUCCGAGCCUUUCGGCCCUUGAGCAACUCAAGACCUCAGCCGCUGACAGGUAUACAAAGGAAAGGAGCAGCAUUGUUGUAAUUGGGCUCAGUAUCCACACUGCACCUGUUGAAAUGCGUGAAAAAUUGGCCAUUCCUGAAGCCGAGUGGCCUCGAGCCAUUGCAGAGCUGUGUGGUUUGAAUCACAUUGAAGAAGCUGCUGUUCUUAGUACCUGCAACAGGAUGGAGAUAUACGUUGUUGCACUGUCUCAACAUCGUGGUGUAAAAGAAGUGACUGAAUGGAUGUCGAAGACAAGCGGGAUUCCUGUCUCAGAGAUUUGCGAGCACCGGUUUUUGUUGUACAAUAAAGAUGCCACACAGCACCUCUUUGAAGUGUCAGCAGGGCUAGACUCCCUAGUCUUGGGUGAAGGUCAAAUCCUAGCUCAGGUCAAACAAGUGGUCAAAGUUGGGCAAGGAGUCACCGGCUUUGGCAGGAACAUCAGUGGCCUAUUCAAGCAUGCAAUCACUGUUGGAAAACGGGUUAGAACGGAAACAAACAUUGCAUCGGGUGCAGUUUCAGUUAGCUCAGCCGCCGUUGAGUUGGCUUUAAUGAAGCUUCCUCAGUCAUGUCAUCACUCUGCUAAGAUGUUGGUCGUUGGAGCAGGCAAAAUGGGAAAGCUUGUGAUCAAACACUUGGUGGCAAAAGGGUGCACCAAAAUGGUGGUUGUGAACCGAUCCGAAGAGAGAGUAUCUGCCAUCCGUGACGAAUUGAAGGAUGUUGAAAUAAUUUACAAGCCUCUUUCCGAAAUGCUAACUUGUGCUUUUGAAGCAGAUGUGAUUUUCACAAGCACUGCUUCAGAUACCCUGUUAUUCACGAAAGAAAACGUACAUGAUCUUCCGCCUGUUAGUCAAGAAGUUGGGGGUUUGAGGCUUUUCGUCGAUAUCUCUGUUCCGCGAAAUGUGGGCACGUGCGUUGCGGAUGUUGAAAAUUCAAGGGUUUAUAACGUGGACGACCUAAAGGAAGUCGUGGCAGCUAACAAAGAGGAUAGGAUUCGGAAAGCGAUGGAGGCUCAAGAAAUUAUCGGUGAGGAAUCUAAGCAAUUCGAAGCCUGGAGAGAUUCAUUGGAAACCGUUCCCACAAUCAAGAAACUGAGAGCUUAUGCAGAAAGAGUGAGGGUUGCGGAGCUAGAAAAAUGCUUGUCGAAAAUGGGUGAUGAUAUUUCAAAGAAAACAAAGAGAGCUGUUGAUGAUCUCAGUCGGGGAAUUGUAAACAAGCUACUUCAUGGUCCCAUGCAGCAUUUGAGAUGUGAUGGGAGUGAUAGUAGGACUCUUGAUGAAACUCUAGAGAAUAUGCACGCGUUGAACAGAAUGUUUAGUCUUGAAACAGAGAUAUCCGUUUUGGAACAGAAGAUUCGAGCUAAGGUGGAGCAAAAUCAGAAGUGAACUACUCUGUCAAAUUUUUUUUGAGGUACUUCUUUCACUUGAGUCUGAAUAAUCAGAGGUAAGAUUGCCUCACAGUCAUUUGUAGAGCCACAGUUGUUGUAACUUACGUUUCAAUCAAUUUCCGGGAUGUUUCCAAAUUCAUUUAGAGUAUCAUUUAUUGGUGAUUCAACACCAAGUGUCCCCCCCCCCCCCCCACUCGACUUUGUAGGAUGUAUCUGAGAUUAACCCUUUGUACCAUAUGAAAUAGUCCCCAAUCUGGUUUCUGAUGUACUUGUAUUGUUUGUAAUUAAACUAUUGAGGAAUCCAAUAUAUCGAGGUUGGCUUA